CUCAAACAGUUUGAGUGGUAACGCAAACAGCGAUAUGAAGUGCAUUGAGAUCUGAUAUAAAGUACUCGCAGUUUUGAGUCAAAACUUUGAGUAACUUUUUUGACACAACAUCUCAAUCCGAUUGUCUGACAACUCGUUUGGACACUAAAUACAAGAACUUGUGAUCAAAAGCCAUGAACCGAGUGGUGGUAGUGCCGGGUCUGAGGACACCCUUCCUGAGGGCCAACACACACUUCAAAGAUGUCAAGGCUUUUGAACUGUUAAGACACGUAUUGAUCGCAUCCGUCAAUAAAGUGGAUAAUUUGAGCCGAAAUGACAUCAGUUAUGUGGUCGCGGGACAGACCUUUCAUACGGAUAACUCGAAUAUAGCGCGCGAUUCGGUCUUAACGGCCGGUUUUGAUGUCAGCAAAACUGGUGCCCAUUCAGUGACAAUGGCCUGCAUUAGUGCCAAUCAGGCCAUCACUUCUGUGGCCUCUUUGAUCGCCACCAAUGAAAUCGAUUGCGGCAUCGGUUGUGGUGUCGACACAUUGUCUGAUCCGCCAAUUCGUGUGACCCGUGCUCUCAGGCGAUGGCUCUUAGACAUGAAUAAAGUUAAGGGAAAUUCCAAGAGAAUAGGAAUGCUUUUCAAACUGAGACCUUCGAUGGCGUUUGGCUUCGAGGCGCCGCCAAUCGCUGAGUUUACCACAAACGAGACAAUGGGUCAGUCGUGCGAUCGGGUGACCAAAGCAUUCAAUGUCUCGCGCGAAGAACAGGACAAGUUUGGCGUCCGAUCCCAUGAAAUGGCAGAUAAGGCACAAAAGGCUGGUCUCCUGUCAGACGUGGCGCCGAUGUUAGUGCCGAAAGUUGGUCUUGUAGACAAAGACAAUGGGAUCCGUUUGACUACCUAUGAAAAGAUAGCUCAGUUGAAGCCGGCGUUCACGAAGACGGGAACCGCCACGGCUUCCAACUCUUCAUACCUGACAGACGGCGCCUCCGCUACUGUUCUCAUGUCCGAAGCGAAGGCCAAGAAAUUGGGUUUAAAGCCGCAGAUUGUGAUCAAAGACUACACGUACGCCGCCAUCGAUCCCAAAGAGCACCUGCUGUUAGGUCCGGCCCACGCGACCACUAAACUGCUUAAGAAGAAUAAUCUGACGCUAAGAGACAUCGAUGUCUUCGAAGUGCACGAAGCCUUCAGCGGACAAGUGUUGGCUAAUCUCAAGGCAAUGGAUUCAGAGGAAUACUCGCAGACAAAAAUUGGUACAAAAAAGUUGGGUUUAAUACCGAUGGAGAAGCUGAACACAUGGGGCGGU